CUGAGGCUCCCAAGGCGCAGGCUCGUCUCCCCCCUCCCUUCUAAGGCGGCAUGAAGAAUGCGCGCGCAGCCUCGACGCCAUGAUUGGUUCUUUGGCCUCGAACCAGUUCUUUAUCUGAGGUCAGGCCAGGCCCCGGACCCAAUUCCAGUGGGGAGCCAGGAUAUGUGUCAGAGAAGAAUCCUAUUCACCUGUGUCUAUCUAAGUGACUGUCUGUCUUCUCAAGACUUUGCCUUUCCCCAGCAAGAGAGCACUGAGCAGGAGAAGAUGAAUUCUGUACUUCUGACAGCCAGAUCCCCGGAAUCAUUGUCCUUCAAAGAUGUGGCUGUGGACUUCACCCAGGAAGAAUGGGGGCAACUGGACCCUGAUCAGAGAUAUCUGUACAAGGAUGUAAUGCUGGAGAACUAUAGAAACCUGGUCUCAGUUGGACAUCAAGUUUAUAAGCCAAAUCUGAUAUCCCAGUUGGAGCAAGGAGAGGAGCCUUGGAUUAUAGACAGAGAAAUCCCAAGAGGUGCCUUCCCAGACUGGGAGAUCAGACCAGAAACCAAGAAGUCAACUGCAAAGCAAGACAUUUCUGAAGAGAAAUCAUCCCAGAAGGUAACAGUGGAAAGAUUCCCAAGGGAUAGCAUAUGGCAUUCUAAGCCAAAUGAAACCAGAUCUGAAGAUCAACUUGGGGCCCCACAAGAAAUACAUGAGAGAUAUCUAAAACAAACAAGAGUUGCCCAGAAUAAAAUCCUACCUGAGAAGAAAGCCCCUGAAUGUAAUCAGUUUAAUCUGGACUCAGUUCUUAUUAUGGAACAGAGUGUUCCCACUGGAGAGAGAUAUCAUGAAUAUGAUAUAUAUGGAAGGACUUUUGAAUGUGAUUCAGACCUAAUUAGCCAUGAGAAAAUCUGUGUACCGAAGUCUUACGAAUGUACUGAAUGUAGGAAAAUUUUCAGUAAAGGUGCGCUCCUUACACAACAUUGGAGAGUCCAUACUGGAGAGAAACCCUAUAAAUGUAAUGACUGUGAAAAAGCUUUCAGUAAGGCUACUCUCCUUAUACAACAUCAGAGAAUUCAUACUGGAGAGAAACCUUAUAAAUGUAAUGAAUGUGGAAAAGCUUUCAGCCAAAGUAUAUGUCUUACUCGACAUAAAAGAAUUCACACUGGGGAAAAACCAUAUGAAUGCAAUGAAUGUGGGAGAGCCUUUAGACUGCGUGGACACCUUACUCAACAUCAGAGAAUUCAUACCGGAGAGAAACCCUAUAAAUGUAGUGAAUGUGAGAAAACUUUUAGUCAGAGUACAGAUCGUACUCAACAUGAAAGAAUUCAUACUGGAGAGAAGCCCUAUAAAUGUAUUGAAUGUGGGAAAGCCUUUAGAUGUAGUACACAUCUAACUCAGCAUCAGAGAAUUCAUACUGGAGAGAAACCGUACGAAUGUAGUGAAUGCAGAAAAGCAUUUUGUGAUAGGUCAUCCCUUAAUAAACACCAGAGGAUUCAUACUGGAGAGAAGCCCUAUGAAUGUAGUGAAUGUGGGAAAGCCUUCAUUCGAAGUUCAGACCUUACCCAGCAUUACAGAACUCAUACUGGUGAGAAACCUUAUGAAUGUAAUGAAUGUGGAAAAGUCUUCAGCCUGCACGUACAUCUUACUCGACAUCAGAGAAUCCAUACAGGAGAGAAACCUUACAAAUGUAUUCAAUGUGGGAAUGCUUUUAGGCACAGUUCAGCCCUGGUCAGACAUCUGAGACUUCAUAGUGGAGAAUAAUCCUAGGAAUUUAGUAAAUAAAAAUGUUUCUUUUGGACUUAACCCAUAUUCAAAUAUCCUAUGGUCAUAAUAGUUCCAGCUAUGAUUUUGUUUGGUGUACUUAAAUGAGAAAUAUGCUGCUUCUUCCUCAUCUCUUUCCCCCCUGUAUAUCUUUCUCCCAUAGUAUAUUUCCCAGUUU